CUGUAGCACUGAGUGGCUGCAACAAAAAGCACAGAAUAACAUCCCUGACUCCCUGCUCUGCUUUUUUCUCUCUCCCUGCGUCUCAGCUAGCAGACAAGGGCUCCGCUCACUGCUCUGCAGAGGCUAUGCUGAGACUGAACCGGCGUCGGAAGCAGGAUCUCUGGCUGCCAUCAACAAGUUAGGGUUGGAAGACCACAGCUAUGAAAAGAGGAACACUUGAUCGCCAAUUAACUGUUUGAGCUGACAACGUUGUGGAGAGGGAAACAAAAGGGGGGAGAAAGAAAAAGAAGAAAAAAAAGAGGAGAAGGAGGGGGGUUCAGCUCACAGGAGUCGUUUUGGAUGCAACUGAUCAACUUGAAAAAAUAUAUAAAUAUAUAAUUUCAAGGAUUCGUGCGAUGAAGGAAAAGCUUCCACCCUUUCUUUGAGCUUGGAUUUUAAAGGACUCAAAACAUAUAAGGAGGAAUAAACAUCUUGGGACAUGGAAUUUCAUAUUUUGUUUCAGUUGUGUGGGCUCAGAAUUGCUUUAUUUCCAAAGAGGCUGAUUCCUUUUGUGCUUACUCAAAAGGGUUUUUUCCCUUUGGAUUUUUCUUCCAUCUGGUUGCUCCAAGAGUCUGCGGAAAAGGACAGUUGAAUGCAGCCUCCGAUGUGCACAAAAGAAUGGGUUUCCAUUCAAGGUGGCCAUUGGUGGGACCUGCACCAGCGGCUCUGUGUCUGUGUGUGAUCAGCAUGCUCCUAGUGUGCCUGCUGCCUCCUGCAUCAUGCACAACCUGCCCUCAAAAAUGCCGCUGUGAGGACCUGCAGUUCUACUGCGACACCCAGGGGCUUCAGGCACCCCCAGAUGGCGUGGACAAGGGGGCCCUGGGGCUGUCACUACGCCACAACAGCAUCACUGAGCUAAGCCCUGAUCAGUUCUAUGGUUUCAGCCAGCUCACGUGGCUACAUCUAGACCACAACCAGAUCACCACAGUACAAGAGGAUGCCUUUCAAGGGCUUUACAAGCUGAAGGACCUCAAUCUGAGCUCCAAUCGUAUCACCAAGUUGCCCAACACAACCUUCAUCCACCUCAUCAAUCUCCAGAUACUGGACCUGUCUUUCAAUCAGAUGACAUCAUUGGAACCAGAACUGUUUCAUGGACUGAGGAAGCUACAGAUACUCCACCUCCGCUCCAAUCUUCUUCGUACCACACCUGUUCGGGCAUUUUGGGACUGCCGCAGCCUGGAAUAUCUGGGUCUAAGCAGCAACCGUCUAAGGAGCUUGGCCCGGAAUGGAUUUGCUGGGCUCAUUAAACUUAAAGAGCUCCACUUGGAGCACAAUCAACUGACCAAGAUCAACUUGGCCCAUUUCCCUCGCCUUGUUGCCCUCCAGUUUCUAUAUCUGCAGUGGAAUAAGAUCAGCAACCUAACAUGUGGCAUGGAGUGGACCUGGACCACUUUAGAGAAGCUGGACCUCACAGGAAAUGAGAUUCGUGUCCUAACACCUGAUGUGUUUCAAACGCUGCCAAAUUUAAAGAUUUUACUGCUGGAUAACAACAAACUAACCAGUCUGGAUCCCCAAGUCAUGGAUAUGUGGCAGUCUCUAGGCACCGUUGGGCUGUCUAGCAACCUUUGGGAAUGUACCAAAAGGAUUUGCUCUCUGGCCACUUGGCUGAGCGCCUUUAAGGGAAGGUGGGAGCAUUCCAUUCUCUGCCAUAGUCCUGAAUACGCCCAAGGAGAGGAGAUACUUGAUGCCGUUUAUGGAUUCCAGCUUUGUCAGAAUUUUUCAGCGCCGGUUGUUCAGACCAUUAGUACAACCACAGACGUUACUACAGCUGCAGAGAUCACAAGCUCUUUGUUUGGAAUUAUGCAGCCGACCCCCACACAGGACUAUGCAGAGGAUUUUGGGAGCUUUACCACAGUCACUACAACAAAAACCACAACACAAACACCACGCACUGCUCAAGCAACUACCACUAUAUUGGAAGAGCCAGCUGUAACGGAUGACUACUCGGCAAUGGACAACACAGUUAUGACUCAUAGGGUUAUCAUUGGAACUAUGGCCCUGCUAUUUUCAUUCUUUUUCAUCAUUUUCGUUGUGUAUAUCUCACGGAAGUGCUGCCCUCCCACCCUGCGCCGGAUACGCCACUGUUCGGCUAUCCAAAACCGCAGACAGAUGAGGACCCAGCAACGGCAGCCUAUGGCAGAUCUAGCUACGCAGGUACCCUAUAAUGAGUAUGAGCCUAGCCAUGAGGAGGGGGCACUUGUGAUCAUCAACGGCUAUGGGCAGUGCAAGUGUCAGCAACUGCCUUACAAAGAGUGUGAAGUAUGAACUCUUAUUUAUUCCUAGAGCAUAUGGUUUGCCAUUCGACCAUUUCAGAUGAUACAGGGUUUGCUUUUUGAUUUUUUUCUCCAAUUUAUGUAAAAAGCAUAAUUUCUACAAGUGAGAUUUGAGAAUAUGUGAGAAAAUUUAAAUGCUACAAUGACAGAGGGUGGACAUGACAGUUUAGGGAUGAUGUAGAGAUAGUCACAAAUUUAUUUUUCUAUGAAUGCAAGGUUGUUCAUAUCAGGCAGGGGCAAUCAUUUUAAACAAGAAAAUUGUAAACUGUGAGAUUUGUCUCCACAUUGUCUCUAUAUUCUGCAGCACAGAGAAAAUACUUGGGCCAAAUGGCCCACUGCUAACAGAAUACGUUCAGUGGAGAAAUGUGAUAUACGUCUUUUUUCUUUAAGAAGUGAAUAUUUGAAAUCAUGUUUUUUAACUGCACCACAGGCACUGUAAGCCAAUCACUCAAUCACUGGGGCAAAUGAAUUGGAUAAAUUUAUCGAAUGUUUUUGCUUUGUAGUUUCACUGUUUUGGGGAUACUAUGAUACAUUAAAGAGCAUUAAUACAAAACUCAAAUUCUGAAUUAUAACUGGAAAGUUAAUGUCUUUGUCGUCAUGUUACAAAUAAAUAUUAUAAUCUCUUGCCAAGAGAAUAACCCUGAUAUUCUAUUCAACAUAUUUUGAUUUUUUUUUUUCUCUUAUCAGAUCAGGCAAGUGUAAACUAGACCAAAACCUUCCGUAAAGUGUUUCCUGCCAACAGAAUUUAUAUGGCUGGCCAACCUAAAAAACAGUUGUGUUUAGCCAAAAGGAGUGUUUUUGGUUUGGGAAUUCUGGGUUUGGUCCAAAAAAUUCCUCCAUAAUGUGUGAGACAGCAGCUGGCUGACACAAUGAUGAAUUUAUGUUCAAUUAUAUCAAUAAGAAAAAAGUCCUCAUUCAGAUGUUAGCUGGAAAAUGCAAAAGCCGUUUUGGAGCAGACUCUUAUCUUGUUGGAUGUCGAGGCUCCUGCCGAGAAAGGCCAACUGCCACAAAUAAAUUCUCAACCUGUGGGAAACACUAAGCAUCAUUACUCUCCAGUACACUCCACUGGUGAGUGAAAACACAUAGGUGUCUUCCUUAUACUGGACAUCAACUACAAAUGUAUUAGAUCUUUAAUGUUCAAUGAGCUGUUCAUGUUUUUUCAGCUCCUAAAAGGCCAUACACACUGUGACAACAAUAUUUCCAGCAGCUUUAGAAUGGAAGUACAGUUUACUGAUUUGCUAUUAUAUACCACAUUCAAUAAACAGACAAGCUGUUGUGCAGUGUGAUGGUUGCAAGUAAUGAACAGUGCACACGCCAGAUAGAAUACAAUUUCACUCUGAAAAUAAAACCUUUCCCCGUUGCCCAGGCUCUUUACUGCUCACACACUAAUCAGGACUGACAGGCUCAAGAUUGAACCAAUUAAGGCAAGGCAAAAAGAAUCUAAUAUUCUGUCACCCACACCAGUGAUCCAGCAAUGUUUAGCUUGUUCGGCCACUCAAAAAUAGUUCUAGUGGUGGUUAUCUUCUAAACGGCACAAAAUAACAUGGAUCCUUUUAUUUUCAGACAUCAGUCUUAGAGACAGAAUAAGUUUCUCAUUCACACUCUUAAAAAUGGGGUUACAGUAAGUAAUAAACAUAAGAAUUCCCCAUUUGAUAGUCACAUGCGUCAAGUUAAACUGCGGUCAAUACCCUGAAAGCAAAUGGAGAUCCAGUGAUAAGAGAACAGCAAGCCUGGGUCAGGACACAUUUGUAUGCAGCACGGAGAGGAUGUGCAUUAGCAUCAGACUAAAGCUGCUGCCGCAGCUCCGCACUUCUUUGUGUUCAGUUUGGUGGUGGGGGCAGGGUGAAAGAGAGAGCGAUUGAGGAGAAUUGAUGGGACGAUGGAGAGUUGCGACUAUGGGGUAAUGUCUUUAUCUAUCAAGACCUACGAACGUCUUUUUGACCAAGUAAUGGUGUACAGAAUGAAAUGAAGAACACUGACCAACUGCAUCAACUAGUCAACAGAUGAGCUAUUCAACCUUUAAAUGGUGACAACUCCAGUUCUACUCAAGUUAAAGAGAAAACGACUGGAAAUAGGCAUAUGGUUUUUCCCAAAGGUUCAACCUUUACCGUUGUCUGUAGUCUGCAAUUAAAAUGGCAAGAUGUAUCCACCAGAGUGCACCUGGUUAUGGGCAAUUAGUGUGCUGUUCGCUGAUCAGUGCCCCCAACAUGUAGCCAGGUGGAAUUAUUUGUGGCCGUUUUUCUCUAAUGACACUGUCAAAAUUUGGUCUAAAACUUCUAACUGAAUGCUUGUGUCUGUGUGUCUCAGCACAUGCUCAUAGGAUACUUACAACCUCUGAGAAAGUGUUUGUGUAAACCAAAAAUCUUUACACUCCACAUCUGAAUUUAAUGAUAAAACAUGACACACUCUGAUCAUAUGGAUAUCCAAAGCCGAGCACCUCCACUUUGUUACAAAAUUUGUUUUUCUCCUGCUUCGCACUGCUUUUACUAUCGCCCUUCUAAUAUGUCUUGCAUGUUCAGAAGUCAAAUUGAGUUACAUAUUUCUUAAUGUCAUUCAACAAACGUUCUCGAGACCUAAUUUUUGACACCGGCAAGAAUGGGGAUGUAUGUGAAAUUUCUAUACAGUUCUGUCAAGCAUUUGACAGUUCACUGUCUGAGAUUAAGGUUGUACUAAAUGACUGAAAUUCACAGAAUUUGUAGAAAUAUGCAUCCCUUUGCACUUUGGCUCUUUGUAAACUGUUUUUGUUUCCUCUUGUCAUCCUCUAGCCCUGGUCCCCAUCCUGCCAAAAAAAAAAAAAAAAAAAAAAAAAAAGAAAAAACAAGUGAACCAAUCCCCUCUCUCUUACCCAACCUCUUUGUGCAAAAUGAAUGCUUUUCUCUUCCCAUUUUCCUUUUGUAUUGUAAUAUGUACAAUUUCAUAUAUGUAUAGUGGAUAAGAUGUGCCAAACUGAAAAAAAACAUUUUCCCCUAAAAACAUAUAUUUUUUAAAUAAAAUGCUUAUAAUUUA